CGCAAUUUGGUGGUAGGGAGGGGACCCAAGCAACAGCAGUGGUAGAAAGAGGAGGAAGCAGGGAUGGCAGUGUCACACCUCUGAAGCAUUCAAAAGCCCAAAGGAUGAGAACCUCUGACCUUUCUAGUCUGAACUGGCUUCAAACCGAACUGAGGGGAAUCGUCUACAGUUCAAAACUAGGUGGCCCAUGGCUGCCACCACCACUCCUGUCAAGUCACAGCUUCAAAGGAUUUACUCCCCUAUGGCGUUCUGAGAAACGAAAAAGAGAAAAGACACCGCUUGGAUCACAGGGAUUUAUUGGUGAAGUAAAUGUAUAGGCCUACACAGGUAUGUAUCAGCUGGUGUGUUUAUAAAGGUCGUCUCCUAAUCUUAUCCCUCUCCACGCCUACUUGUGGUUGACUGCUUUUUUGAGGGAAAACUCCAAACGAACCAAGGAGAGUGACAGUUGGGGUGUUGCGGUCCAUGAGAGACUCCGCAGGGGGACCGACAAUCACGUCGACGCCAUGAGUAGUACUUUAGGUAACAAAGACAAAGACUGGAGAGAAAGGACCUGAAAGGAGGUCCGACAGGAGGGAAAGACCAAGGCCAAAGGGAAAGAUGCCAAAGAAGGAAAGAAGGAUGCAGGUUCCGCGUCGCCCGCCGUCGCCUUCUCCGUGGACAACACGAUAAAGAGGCCCAACCCGGCGCGGACGCGCAAGAAGUCCAGCAACGCCGAGGUGAUCAAAGAGGCUAACAAGUGCCGUGAGGAGAACUCCAUGCGUCUGGACCUGUCCAAGCGUUCCACCAUGUUACCCACCUCCAUCAAGGAACUCACCCAGCUGGCAGAGCUCUACCUGUACAGCAACAAGCUCCAAGCCUCCCUCAGAAGUGCUGCCUGUCCUGCCUGUCACUUAGCCUUGAGUGAGAACUCCCUAACCAGCCUAUCAGAGUCCUUGGACUCCCAGAAGUUGAGGAUGCUGGUACCUGAGGCAAACAAACAGGAGAUACCGGCUGGUGGUUUCCGGUGACGUCGGCUGACCACACUGUACCUGGUAGACAUCCGGAACCUGGCGAAGUUGACCAUUCACAUCGUGAGAAAGAUCAAACAGCUGCCUGCCGAAUAAGGGGAGCUCUGUAACCUCAUCACCUGGACGUAGCCGCAUAACCAGCUGGAACACCUACCAAGGAGAUCGGCAACUGCACCCAGAUCACCAAACCUGGACCUACAGCACAACGAGCUACUGGAGCUACCAGAAACUAUAGGUAACUUGUCAAGCAUAAACCGGCUUGGGUCUGCGGUACAACCGGUUUGUCAGCCAUCCUCCAGGUCUGCUAGCCAAGUGGACAGAGAACUGGAAGAGCACAUAGAAAACAACAACAUCUCCGUGUUACCAGAAGGUCUCCUGUCUAGUCUGGUGAAUCUGACCAGUCUAACCUAGCGAGGAACUGUUUCAGUCCUAGCCGGUGGGAAGGACCCUCCCAGUUUCUCCACCAUCUACUCUCUCAACAUGGAGCACAACCGCAUCAACAAGAUCCCCUUUGGAAUCUUCUCCAGGGCCAAAGUCCUCAGCAAACUCAACAUGAAGGACAACCAGUUGACGUCUCUGCCUCUAGACUUUGGCACGUGGACCAGUAUGGAUGGAGCUAAUCUGGCCACCAAUCAGCUGACAAAACCAGAGGACAUCUGCGGUCUCGUUUCGCUUGAGGUCUUGAUAUUUGUCCAACAAUCUUCUAAGAAGUUUGCACAUGGUAUUUGGCAACCUGAGGAAACUCGGGAGCUCGACUUGGAGGAGACAAAGUUGGACUCGCUCCCGAAUGAAAUAGCUUACCUGAAAGAUUUACAGGUUUGAUACUAUUCAGCUGUUUCCCUACACUGUCACGUAAGC